GCGAAAAACGUCACUUCCGGUUGCGCGUUGUGUUGUCGUCGGCCAGGAGAAAGGACACAACGAAACCGUUCGUUUUCGCUAGAUUCCAAGUGUACAUGGGCGAUUCAAAGCAACAUUAGCGCUGUAAUAGAUUUUAAAGAGUGGUGUUUUGGUGCACAUAGAGAGAUGUCAGACGAGUUGGUGAAGCAACUGAGCAGCUACAGAGCUCAGCUCCAGCAGGUGGAAGCAGCGCUUUCUACAGACCCAGAUAAUGAAGAUCUGCUCAAGUUGCAGAAAGAUCUGCAGGAGGUGAUCGAGUUGACAAAAGACUUGCUAACAUCUCAGCCAGCAGAGGGCGUCGCUAGUACCAAUAGUUCAGAUGCUGCGCCACCGAAACACAGCUGGAAAGUAGGAGAUCGUUGCAUGACUGUGUGGAGCAACGAUGGACAGCAGUAUGAGGCAGAGAUAGAGGAGAUCGACAGCGAGAACGGCACGGCUGCCAUCACCUUCACCGGCUAUGGCAAUGCCGAGGUGGUGCCUCUGCACACGCUCAAAGCAGCUGAGCAGGCCAAGAGCAGCAAAGAGGAAGGAAGCAAACCCAAGUCCAAGAAGGAGCUGCAGGCAGAGCAAAGGGAAUACAAGAAGAAAAAGGCACAGAAGAAAGUGCAGAGGAUGAAAGAGCUGGAACAAGAGAGAGAGGACCAGAAAUCCAAAUGGCAGCAGUUCAACAAUAAAGCUUAUUCAAAGAACAAGAAGGGGCAAGUAAAACGCAGUAUAUUCGCCUCUCCGGAGAGUGUGAACGGAAAAGUUGGUGUGGGUACAUGUGGGAUUGCAGAUAAACCCAUGACUCAAUAUAAUGACACGUCCAAAUACAACGUGAGGCAUCUGAUGCCACAGUGAGGUGUCUGUGCUCGCCCCCACCCCAAAAGAUCAGCUAGUGGAGCAUCAGACCUGGGUCUGGACAAUGAACGGAACCAGCUAUACAAUUUCACCGCAUUUUUAUUUUGGGACAUGGAAAAAAAUGUUAUUUUUGAGAUGUAAGAAAAAGUAGUAGCCUAGCUGUUGAUUUCAUAAGUUGUGAGUACGAAAGUGCUUUACAGCUCCAAACUAAACCUUAACCUCAUAUCAACAUAACCUCCAUUGGAAGAAACUAAUGACCCAGCAACUUACUAUCAGGAGUAAGCCUGAGUUGUGUGAAUAUAUAGAUAUACAUAUAAAACAUACAUAAUUCAAUUGACUUGUAUUAUUAAGCCAAAGCAGCUGGACCUGACGUUUUCCCACUUGUCCAGGAGGCUGCAUCAGAUUUGGCGUUUGGUUAUCAAUAUGUCUAAAUGGCCUUGAUGUACACUUAGUUUGGGCCCAUACAUCUAUUCCACUGGACAUGGGAACUCUGACUUUUUAGUAUUUAAACUUUUUGAAAUGCAUUAAAUGAGUUAAGAUGCUUCUUAGGUGAAGUGAUUUUGAAAAUAUCUCUUCUGAGUUUUUCAUAGAAUAACCUGAGAGACUGUUUAGUUCAUGUGCUAAUUGUGUGUCAAAACUAUUUGCUAAAAUGUCAGAGUCCUAUACAUCCCUGUGUGUGUGUGUCAGUCACCAUUUUGUGGAAUGGAUUUCUGUUGUCGGUCUUAAUUUCGCUUUAAAGUUUUGUACACCUUUACAAGGAAUAAAGAUUUUUUUUGUAUCUGUA